AUGCAGCAAGAGAUAGAAGACUUGAAGAUGAAGUUGUACCACGCACAACAAAGGCCAUCCCACUCCAGACAUGACAUACCCUUCGAUGACGAAAGUGAUGACGACUAUAGGCAAAGAUCGAGGACUCCUUCAAGCGAGACCUUCUCCCACGAAGAAGAGCACUUCCGAAGGCGCGAACGUAAAAGCCCAUCUCCCAGGGGCUCGGGAAAUGAUGCCAUGAGUAAGGCACUGGACCAGCUCUCCAAAUCCCCCUUCACGCGCCGCAUAGAAGGGGCUACGCUUCCUCGACAAUUCCAGCAGCCGACCUUCACCCUUUACAACGACAAAACAGACCUCGUGGAGCACAUGAGCCAGUUUAACCAAAGGAUGACUGUCCAUUCUAGGGACGAGGCGCUAAUGUGCAAGGUUUUCCCAUCCAGCUUGGGACAUGUGGCGAUGAGAUGGUUCAAUGGCCUAAAGACGAAUUCUAUAGAUUCAUAUAGGCAGCUAACCCAAGCCUUUGGCUCCCGUUUCAUUAUGAACAGCAAAGCCCCUUGGCCCUUAAGUGCGUUAUUAUCGUUGUCCAUGUAUGAUGGAGAAACUCAAAAAGCCUACUCGGACCGUUAUUGGGAAAUGUUCAACGAACUGGAAGGAGAUUUUGACGAAGUCGCCAUUAGCACCUUCAAAAGUAGCCUCCCGGCCGAGCACGGCUUGAGGAAGUCAUUGACAGGCAAACCUGCCACCAGCGUGCACCAGUUGAUGGACCGGAUUGACAAAUAUAAACGAGUAGAGGAAGACCAGCUGCAGGUACACCGGGUGUUGGAGAAGAUCAAGGGCGAGCCAUACUUUAGAUGGCCAAAUAAGAUGGCCAGAGAGUCCACGAGGCGCAAUCAGAACUUCUAUUGCCAAUACCACCAGGACCACGAGCAUACCACGGAGGAUUGCAGGAACUUUUGGAACCACCUAGACCAGCUUGUUAGAGAAGGAAAGCUGAAGCAUCUCUUGCAUCAUUCCAGUGGUCAUCAAGGUCAGACCCAUCAGGAACCCCAGAGAGACGCUGCCCUAAAGUCGCCCCUAGGGACGAUCAGUGUAAUCCUAGCUGCGCUAGGAAGAACAGGCGCGUGCCCUUCUCGAGUACUAUCUAUGUCCCAGCUACCUGCCAGGGAGUCCCAGCCAGAGCCGAAAAGGGCCAUAAGGAAUUUUCACUUGGCCUUAAGCUUUUCAGAAGAAGAUAUGGACGGUACCAUCCAGCCCCAUGACGAUGCGCUGGUGAUCACUCUCAGAAUCGGGGGUUACGAUGUGAAAAUGUUGAUGGUGGAUGGUGGCAGCGUUGCCGAGGUCAUGUACCCCGAUCUCUACAAGGGGCUGGGAUUAAAAUCGGAGGAUCUAACGCCUUAUAGCUCCCCUUUGAUGACCUUCGAUAGAAAGCUCGUUGUCCCAAAGGGCAUGAUUAGGCUACCCAUCUAG